CGGUUGGAGGGAGAGUCUUCGCCCCGCCCCCGCGGGUGGACCGCAGCGCUCCGGGCAGGCGUGUGCCGGGCUGUCCCACCCAGCGCUGUGCGCCGGUUAACAUCCCACUCCCUGUCGUAGGUACUAUGGAGGCGGCAGUGGAGGGAGAAAUAGAAAAUGAGGACGGCGACAGCAGCUGCGGGGAUGUGUGUUUCAUGGACAAAGGCCUGCAGAGCAUAUCAGAAUUAUCUUUACAUUCAGCCCUCCAUGCCAUCAACCUUCAUUGCAAUAACAUCUCCAAGAUUAAAGCAAUUGAUCAUGUUUGGAAUUUACGACAUUUAGAUCUGUCAUCUAAUCAAAUAAGUCAAAUUGAAGGGCUAAGCACACUGACAAAACUAUGCACUUUAAAUCUGUCCUGCAAUUUGAUUACAAGAAUAGAAGGACUUGACACAUUGGUUAAUCUGAGUAGACUGAAUUUGUCUUAUAACCACAUAAGUGAUCUUAGUGGGUUGAUGCCCCUUCAUGGACUUAAGUACAAACUUAGAUAUAUUGACCUCCAUAGUAAUUGUAUAGACAGUAUCCGUCACUUACUUCAGUGUAUGGUAGGAUUGCACUUCUUGACCAGUCUUAUUUUGGAGAAGGAUGGAGAAGGUAAUCCUGUCUGUCAUGCACCAGGAUACAGAGAAAUUAUUCUCCAAACUUUGCCACAGCUUAGAAUUCUAGAUUGCAAGAACAUAUUUGGUGAACCAGUAAAUUUGGCAGAUGUAAAUUCAUCACACCUUCAGUGCUUAGAAGGCCUUUUGGAUAAUUUAGCUUCUUCUGAUUCUCCCCUAAAUAUAAGUGAAGAUGAGAUCAUUGAUAGUGUACCAUUGGUGACACCACCCAUCAAAGAGUUACCCUCCUUGGAGCAGUUUCGAAGUACACCACCAGAUGCUGUUUUGACAUCAUUUUUAUCUGUAUGUCCACCUUCUGAGCCAGAGAAAAUUAAGCAUGAAAGCGAUUUUCAGAAUGAGAUGAAACUUCAGAAAUUAGAUGAUCAAAUUUUACAGCUUCUCAAUGAAACUUCUAAUUCUUUAAUAGAUAAUGUUCCUGAGAAAGACCUCAGACCAAAAAGAAACACAGAUAUAACUUCUGAAAGCGACUAUGGAAACAGAAAAGAAUGCAACAGAAAAGUUCCUAGAAGAUCAAAAAUUCCAUAUUAUGCCAGAACUAUUCAAAGUAUUAAGCACCACAAUAAAAACAGCAGUGCUUUUGGAAGUUGUAACCGUAAAAUGAAACAACCUUACUUUAAGGACUUAUACAUAAGCUCAUCCUUAGCAAACUGUAAUGUAUUACAAGAAUCAGAAGACCAAAAGACUGAAUUAAUUAAAGUAGACAAAAGUGGCUCAGAAGACAACACUUACAGGUCUCUAGUUGAACAGCUGGACCAAGAGAGAGAAAUGAGGUGGAAAGCUGAAGAAGCUGAAAAGAACCUUAUGGAUUACAUUGAUGAGCUGCGUAAACAAGCAAGUGAAAAAAAGGAUGUUCAUAGCCUGGCUCUUCUUACCACAGAUAGACUACAGGAGGUUAUUUUUAAGGAGAGAAAUUCUAAGGCACAACUUGAAGUUAUGGUUCACAAACUUCAAACUGAAAUUAAAAAACUAACUAUUGAAUUAAUGAAAGCAAGAGAUCAACAGGAGGGUCAUAUUAGACACUUAAGAACCCUGGAAAAAGCAUUAGAAAAAAUGGAGAGACAAAAAGGGCCGCAGCAAGCAGCACAGAUGAGACUUCUCCAAGAGGUGGAACUCAAAGCUGCAGCUGCUGAAAGAGAAAUAAACUUACUUCGAACUUCUCUUCACCAAGAAAAGCAGCAAGUACAACAACUUCAUGAAUUGCUGGCAUUGAAAGAACAGGAGCGCAGGUUAAAGAAGGUUUUGAAAAUGUUGCAACUGAGUUAGCCAAGAGCAAACAUGCUCUUAUUUGGGCUCAAAGAAAAGAAAAUGAAUCUUCUUCUUUAAUUAAAGAUCUAACCUGUAUGGUAAAGGAACAAAAAGCAAAACUAGCAGAAGUUUCCAAAGUGAAACAGGAAACAGCAGCAAAUUUACAGAAUCAAAUCAACACUCUUGAAAUUUUGAUUGAAGAUGACAAGGAGAAGAGUAUUCAAAUAGAACUUCUCAAGCAUGAAAAAGACGAGCUUAUUUCUGAGCUAGCAGCCAAGGAAUCACUCAUUUAUGGCUUAAGGACAGAAAGAAAAGUGUGGGGACAUGAGCUGGCACAACAGGGAUCAUGUCUGGCUCAAAAUCGUGGAAAAUUAGAAGCCCAAAUUGAAAGUUUAUGUAGAGAGAAUGAAUCUCUGAGAAAAGCAAAUGAAAGUGAGAGUGAUGCAUUAAGAAUAAAGUGCAAAAUUGUAGAAGACCAAACUGAAACCAUUAGAAAAUUAAAAGAUUGUCUACAAGAAAAAGAUAAACAAAUCAAAAUGUUACAAGAAAAGAUCACUGAAAUAGAAAAAUGUGCUCAACAACAACUCGAUGAAAAAUCUGUACAGCUAGAUAAUAUAAUAGAAAAACUAGAAAGGCACAAUGAAAGAAAGGAAAACAUGAAAGAACAAUUGAAAGCAAAGGAAGUAGAACUUGAAGAAAUAAGAAAAGCUUACAGUACACUUAAUCAGAAAUGGCAUGAUAAAGGAGAACUUCUAAGUCAUCUCGAAACACAAGUAAGAGAAGUGAAAGAAAAAUUUGAAAACAAGGAAAGAAAACUUAAAGCAGAAAGGGACAAAAGUAUUGAACUACAGAAGGAUGCAGUUGAAAAGCUUCAUAGUAUGGAUGAUGCCUUUAAAAAACAAGUAGAUGCAAUUAUUGAAGCUCAUCGAGCUGAAAUAGUACAGUUGACAAGUGAAAAACAGAAAUGCAUUGAUUCUGCAAAUUUAAAGGUUCAUCGAAUUGAAGAAGAAAUGCGUGAACUUUUGGAAGAAACAUGCAAGAACAAAAAAGCAAUGGAAGCAAAAAUUAACCAAGUUGCUUGUGCUCUAAAUGAGAUUCAGCGAGAAAUGUAAUAGUUCUGAGAACAAAUUUAAUUGAAAUAGACCAGCAGACCUCUUGUAAAAAUGAUUAAAUAUUGUAAUAGUAGUAACUGAUAUGACUUUGAAAUGUCUCUUUCUAUACAUUUCAUAUUGAAUAUAUUUUAAAAGAUUUUUGAUCAAAUAUUGUAUAUGUAGGUUUUUAUAAUAAAUUGAUAAUUAUGUAUAUUAGGAAAAAAACCUAUCAUAAUACCUAGACUUAGAACAUUUUCUUGUUUUUGUGCUAUACAUUGUUUGGUAAUUACACAUUUGCCUACUGAUUUGUAAACAAAGAUUAGUAUUUUGCCUAUAACGGCAAGUGUUUUAAUCAUCAUUGUUAACCUUAUUGUGUUGAUGAAGAACUAAUUAUAUUUAUUGGUUGUCCUUUAGCCGAUGUAGGUCUCCAGUCUUUCAAAGUGCUUGUAAGAUGUAGACAAAAAAUAUUUCAAAUCUGUGUGAUAAAGGAUGUGGCAUUCUUAAGAAAGCACAUGUAGCCAUCUCUACAUCACUCAUAAUUAUCCCUUUUUUAUAAUGCAUGACAUUUCACUAAAGGUUAUAUUUAAGGUCUUAUAAAUAAUUGUCUAUUCCAGAAAAGAAGCACUACUAUUUCAUUCUCCCUUUUAAAUCAUAAUAUAUGAAGAAAAUUCUGAUUUUCCAAUGGAAACACUCAUUUCAUAUCAGAUCAUCUAUGACCACUUCACCUCUUAAUGCUAUGUAUGUAGAAAGGAAACCUAAGAUACUAUCCCUCCCUACUGUUUCUGAGAGGAAAAAAAUGUGAUAACUCUUUUCCCUCACCCAGUAGGGAGGAUCAAACCCAGGGCCUCAUGCAUGCUGAGCAAGUGCUCUACCACUGGGUUACACACAUGCCAGCCCUAAUACUACAUUUUUUUAAACUAAUAUCAAUAAAAAACUGUUAUUAAAGUAAAUGAAAUAAAAAUAUAAAUGCUUCUUGAA